AUGAAACAGCCCCCGAUCGAGGAACUUGUCUAUGGGUACAUGUUCCCAAAGGCCCGACCAUCGGACCCCCCGAACUUUUCCGUCUUUCUCCAGAGGCAUCUGAUUUAUGAGGUUCGACAAGAAGUACACUCGUAUUACGGUCAUAUCGACACCCAAGAAGCGAAGUAUCCCGGCCUUGAUUACAACCACCCGAUUCACCGCAUUCGCCUAAGCCGCUGGACAUGGCACCGUCGGCUCUUCCGCGCCUUCGAUGCCCUCCGUUUGACCGAAUGGGAGAUUGCCAAUCUGACAAAGUGGGAGGGCACAAGAUGGGCCAAGGAAAAGUACGAAGAGGAGCAGGGGAUUAUCAUCCGGGACACUACGGCCGACGGCUUUCCUGACUUGACCUAUCCUCGGGACAGGGUCAGGAUUGAGCCUGAGUCUAGCUCUGAGCUCUGUAGGGAAGCUGCGCCGGAGGCUGUGAAGGAAGACGAAGACGAGAUCAUGAACGAGGACGGGGACGAGGCCAUGAGCGACGAGGGCGGGAUUGACUCAGCGCUGACCGUACCCCCGGCAUUUCCAGGGCACCAAAGCAACGUCUCGAAUAACGUUCUUGCUGCACCAUCGGACGAGGAGUGGCUGAAGAUUGCUAUCGAAACUGGUCAACUACCACGCCACUCCGAUACCACAAAUAGCGAGCUUUCUGCGCCCCGUAUUCUCGCCGCUGCUCGUGAAGGUCGAUGGCACGAGGUUCCGACUAUUUAUCGAGAUGUCCUACAGUCACGGUUGGGGACACAUUUCGGGCCUCUUUUCGGCAACCCUCAGCUACGGACAAGGCACUUUCAGUAUGGUACAACAGCGGAGCCAGCCAGGCGCACGACCUCAGAGCUUCGUCUGGCUACUGCAAGCAACUUUUCUCAGCGAGUUGCGCGACCCGGUGCCUGAUUGCCCAGUCACAACUCGCAAA